AUGAAAGAGGCGAAACCCAAAGAUAGAGGCGUACUAUCUUUGAUAGCUGAACUUGGUUCAGAGAGUAGUGCACAUGGAUUAGCACGGAUAGUAUCAUCGAAACAAACCAAAAGACGCCUUAUUUGGACUAUCUUAGUGAUUAUAGGAUUAGCAGCAGCUACUGUACAAUUCUCAAUGUUGGUUAAGAAAUAUCUCCAGUUUCAAGUAGUGGAAGUGUCGGAAGUAAAAGAUAGCAUGCCAGUCGAAUUCCCCGCUAUAACAGUUUGUAAUAUAGAGCCUAUCUCUCUUCGUAAAGUUCGGAAACUUUUAUCUCUUCCAAAUGCUGAUUUGAAAAGGUGGCUAGAGUUUGUGUAUCGUUUUAAAUUCGGGAAGCAAACUGCUCAUUUGACAUCAAUUCGCGCCUUUUAUGAAAAUCUCGGUGAUGAGGCGGAGUAUGUGCGUCACGAACUUAAAGACUUCAUAAAGCAUUGUCGUUUUAACAAAGAUCAAUGUGGUUCCUCUAAUUUUACCAUGUCUUUUGAUGGAAAUUACUACAGUUGUUUUACAUUUAAUCGUGGUCAUUAUGAUAAAAUUCUCAUGCAUUCAACUGGACCAGAAAACGGAUUAUCAUUAAUCUUAGCUGUAGAUAAUGAUAAUCCACCUUUAGGUACUUAUGGAGUAUAUAAUAUUGAUUCCAAUAUCUUACACAGUGCUGGAGUAAGAGUAGUUGUCCAUGCCCCAAAUACAAUGCCCAGUCCAGUGAAUCACGGGAUCGACGUGCCCCCGGGAUACUCAUCCUCUAUAGGUCUUAAAGCAGUUUUACAUACGCGAUUGUCCGAACCUUAUGGAAAUUGUUCUAAUUCUGUCUUAGAAGGUGCUGAAAGCUAUAACAAUACAUUCUUUACGUGUCUUCAAAUGUGUAAACAAAGGAUCAUUAUAGAAAAAUGUCGGUGCAAAUCUUCAGGAUUACCAGAAGUUCAAUCGUCAGCGAAUGUACCGUUCUGUGGCUAUAUUGAAAAUUGGAGAGAUAUGAUCGCUUCACCAAACCAAUAUCCGCAUGAUGUGUAUUUACCACGACUUAUCUGUGAGGAACAUGUUAGUCAUGAAAUGACUACUGAUAGAAGUUACGAAGUGUCUUGUAAGUGUGUGCAACCUUGUCACGAAACGACUUUUCAGAAAUCUGUCUCGCUGUCAUAUUGGCCAUUAGAAUUUUAUCAGUUGAAUAUUCUAGAGUUAUUAUACAAUGGCUCCAUCGAUCAAAAUAGACUUAAAGAAGCUUACACGGUGCUUUCAAAUUUAACGAAACAAGAGAGCAUGAAACAUGAAAGUUCCAAGGAAAAAGAAAACAUGGAAGCGGGUUAUAGUUCACAAGAGCGCGAAGAAGCCGAUAGAGCCUCUAAAUUAAUUCGUCAAAAUCUAUUACGGGUGAAUAUUUAUUUGGAAGAUUUAAGUGUAGUAGAAUUUCGGCAAAUGCCUGCAUAUGACUUGGCGGAUUUAUUUGCUGAUAUUGGUGGUACCAUGGGACUGUGGAUGGGAAUUUCAGUCUUAACCAUAAUGGAAUUAGUAGAACUAGUUAUUAGACUGAUACUAUUAAUGUUUAGAUCUGAAACAAGACAGAUGCCAGAAAAACAAACUAUCCCUAAUGGCAUGGUACAACCAGAAAGAAGACAGUUUUUACAAACAGGUUUUGAAUCGUCAGUGUGA